GUGAUAAGCAGACAGCGGAGGCGUGGUCUCUGACGUCACUCGGGCUGAACCGUACUACAGCACUAGUCUGGCUGGAUGUCUGACUCAGCCACGCAGGUUAUUUGGGAAUAUAUUUUAAAGGCAUGUUUUUAACUAAACAGACCAUAUAAUGCUCGCUCGUUCCUCUUGCUUUGGACUACGUGCAUCCUGUAUUUUGACCGGUCUGGGGAAGUGCGACAGAAGGUUUCAAGGUCUCCAGAAGAUGAACAAGCCUCUUGCUCUGUCAUUUGAUAAAUAGACUGGCAGUGCCCAUGUUAAUAUCUUUCUGACCACACCUGCUAAUGGACUGAGAGGUUACUUCAGUAAAUGUUUCAUUUCUAUAUGUGGACUAGUGCCAACACUGCAGAAAAGCCCAUCGUCCCGAUUCCAGGUCACUGUGUCCCCAAAUUUGUGCUACCACGACUGUCCAGCACCCUCACCCGUCUGUUCGUCCCUCCAUUCAUGGGGCUGUUUUUGCUGUCUCUGACCCUGUUUUGUAUCUUGCCACAGACUGCUAGAAUUCGUUUCAGAUAAAUUUGUACAUUUUAUGUACGGACCAAAUCUAGAACUGCGCAAUAACGGCCUCUGACCAACAUAUGGUACUGUUGGAGUUUUAACUCUUGCAAGAAAUCCAGCUGAAUGUCAAUGAGCUCUCAGGAUAUAACCCAAGGACUUUCCAAGUGAGAUUGCACUCAGGAUCUAAACCAAGAACUUUUAUCCAGGUCAGUUUUAAAGAAACACAGAAAAGUCUCAGAGCUGAUGUAAAGAACAAAUCAUGAGCUCUGACAGUUUCCAGUACCGUGCACUGUUCGAGUACAAGCAGGAGAGGGGUGACGAUAUCUCCCUGCAGCCUGGAGAUCUUCUCACGGUCAGUAAGAUGGCACUGCUGGCAUCCGAUUACCAGGAGGGUGACGAGAAGUGCCCGAAGGGCUGGCUGCAUGGCACCAAUGAACGCACUAAGGAGAAGGGCAACUUCCCCGGCACCUUUGUGGAGUAUGUUGGGGUCAUGAGGACGGGCCUUACUUCAGGGAAGCCCUGGCCGAGACCUGUGCCACCAACACCUGUAGGGCCCCAGCCCCCAGGGGCCACUGCUUCAGAAUGCCCCUGUGGAAAGGGAGAUGUUGUGGAGCAGUGCGCUCUGCCUGACCAGACCCCGGCCGUGGUGCUCAGGCUGACGGAGGCUCUAGAGAGACUGGACUGGGAGAAUGAGCCACUGUACCGGUCUGGCCAGACCUCCGCUGGCUCCCCAGAAUUACUGCAGGCUUUGGAAACAGACCCAGCAGCGGUGGACUUUGAGCAAUACGAAUUGUGCACAUUGGCUGAUACUCUUAAGAGUUACAUUCAGGACUUGCCCUGCCCACUCAUCCCAGCUGUAGUGUACAGCGAGCUGGUCUACACUGCUCAGGAAACCCAAAGCAUUGAGGAGUGUGGACAGCAGCUGAAAAGAAUUCUUGACUCUCCCAGUGUCCCUCAGGCUAACCACCAGCUCCUGGUUCAUCUGACCCGACACCUAAGUAAGGUGGCCCAAAGUGGGGGAGCAGCUCAGGCAAGCCCCAGGCUUCUGGCUCUGGCCUACAGUGAGGCCAUCUUCAAAAACAACCACUUCAGUGCGGAUGUAAACCCAGAACAUCAUGUGAAGAUUCUUGAGGCACUUAUCAUUGUUGGAGGCCUAGUGGAGAUACAAGCUGCUCCAGCUCUUCCUCCCAAGCCAACAAAACCCAUGACACCAGUAAACGGCAACGGUGUGAAAGAAGCCGCCAGCGGCUCAUUGCAAGAAGCUGAAUGGUACUGGGGAGACAUAUCAAGGGAAGAGGUGAACGACAAACUAAGAGACAUGCCUGAUGGUACCUUCCUGGUACGGGACGCCUCGACCAAGAUGCAGGGGGAUUACACGCUAACGCUAAGGAAAGGUGGAAACAAUAAGCUAAUAAAGAUCUAUCAUCGAGAUGGGAAGUACGGUUUCUCAGACCCGCUCACAUUCGGCUCAGUGGUGGAGCUCAUCAGUCACUAUAGGCACGAGUCGCUGGCCCAGUACAACACCAAACUGGACGUAAAGCUCAUGUAUCCCGUCUCCCGCUACCAGCAGGAUCAGUUGGUGAAAGAGGACAACAUUGAUGCAGUGGGGAGGAAACUCCAGGAAUAUCACAAUCAAUAUCAGGAGAAGAGUAAAGAAUAUGACAGACUCUAUGAGGAGCACACAAAAACCUCACAGGAGAUCCAGAUGAAACGUACUGCAAUAGAGGCCUUCAAUGAGACCAUUAAAAUUUUCGAAGAACAGUGUCACACGCAGGAACGCUACAGUAAAGAGUACAUCGAGCGAUUCCGCAGAGAGGGCAACGACAAAGAGAUCGAAAGGAUCAUGAUGAACUACGAGAAGCUCAAAUCCCGUCUUGGUGAGAUUCACGACAGUAAAACCCGGCUUGAACAGGACCUGAAAACGCAGGCUCUGGACAACAGGGAGACGGACAAGAAAAUGAACAGCUUAAAACCAGAUCUCAUUCAGCUCAGAAAAAUUAGAGAUCAGUACCUUGUUUGGCUCAAUCAUAAAGGUGUUCGACAGAAACGAAUAAACGACUGGCUUGGGAUCAAAAACGAGAACACAGAUGACGCCUACUUCGUCAGUGAGGAGGAUGAGAAUCUACCACACUACGACGAGAAGAGCUGGUUUGUAGGGGACCUUAACAGAACACAGGCAGAGGACUUGCUACACGGCAAACCCGAUGGAGCUUUCCUCAUCCGCGAGAGCAGCAAGAAAGGCUGUUACGCCUGCUCUGUUGUUGUGGACGGCGAGGUGAAGCACUGCGUCAUCUACAGCACGCCCCGUGGCUACGGUUUCGCCGAGCCCUACAACUUGUACAGCACUCUGAAAGACUUGGUCCUGCACUACCACCAGACCUCACUGGUCCAGCACAACGACUCGCUCAAUGUGCGGCUGGCAUACCCAGUGUAUGCACAGAUGCCCUCAGGCCCACGGAGAUGAAGACUCGCCCCCCCCCCCAAAAUUAAACUGUCUUUGUUCAAGGAAGGGGAGGAACAGUUUCUGAACAAAAAACAUACAACAACAAAAGAAAAAAACACUUGCUGCAACACACACGUCAGCCACCUUGGAGUUAUAUAUUUUUACAAGAACAAUUUGGAGGGCAUUCUUUCUAAAGACUGCUUGAUUUGCACAAGGAAGUUUUAAAUGUUUGUGAAUGUGAAAAAAAAAAAAAAAAAAAAAAAAAAAAAAAAAAGCAGAAGGAAGCAGAGGAGGCGAGUUUCAGGUGACCUGCGCUGCUACCUAAACUCCAGCUGGGACUUUUUACAUGCUCCGUUUUAGCUUUUAGCUUAAGCUUUUGUUUCCUGCCUCUUUCUCACAUCUUUUUGUUUUUCAUUCAGCUGUUUUUGUUUUGUUUCUUUGUAUUGUCUUUGCAAAACUAUAUGUAAUGCAGGAAAAUAUUUAGUUUGUUUAAAUGUCUCCAUCUCUCUCUUUACGUGUUGAAAAAGGCAAAAACUAUGUAGCAAACAGACGACUGACACUUUCCAGAGUGUUCUCACAGUGACUGCUGCUGAACGAGGGGUUGUGGGAUGUUUGGGAGGGCACAAGUGAAAAUGUGUUGUAGUCUUAAAAACAAAAGCUUGUUUUAACACUAACCUUAGAGGUGUUUAUUUUUAUUUUUUGUCCUUGUUUUCCAUUUAGCUGGAUCAAAACUUGUCCUUUCCUAAGCAGUUAAGAUCGCUACAGCUCAGUGCAGAGACCAAAGUUGGCAUGGGGAGGACUUUCCUUUUUUUUUUUGUGGUAAAAUUGGCUUAUAUUAAUUGAAUGAAAUUAGAUUACUCAAAAUAAUUUGGAUCUGUGUCCUGUAAACAGAAGCUCCUUUUUUUUUAAGAACCAAAAUCGCAGACACAGUCGACGUAAAGCACUUAUAUAAGAAAUGACAACUGACCGCUGCACCAAAUUUGAAACAAAAAAAACGUUUUUUGAACUAACGUGGCAUCUUAAUGCUUAAUUGGAUUUGUGUACCUGUCAAACAUGUUUGAAAAGUUCUCCGCGAGCAGUGUUAGAGCAGAUGUGCUUUAGUACGUACAGUAACUUGAAGAAAAGUGCAAUCCAGCUUUUGAUGGUAGAGAAGUGGUCUGUCAGAGAGAAAAACAAACUGCUCUCUGUGACAUCAAAAAGCGAUAAUCACUUGAACCUUUUAAAGAAUUUCUUUAAAAAAAAAGCCCCUUUAUGCUUCUCUUUUUAGCAGGUUGACUCGUUCUGUAUCAGAAAAGAGAAAGAGAAAAUACACUUUUCAUUGUUUGGCUGCCUGUUGGUUUUAAUGUCGCACAAUAAAACCUUUAUGAAAAGAUAUUCAAAGCUAUAUGCACAAUAUUCACUGUCGGUACGUCAGUUAUAUCACUUCCUGUUUUCUGUUGGGCUUCUGACACGCAGGUGUCCAGUUUAGUAUCGGAGUUCACGUUGUUGUUAUGUUUCUUUUUCUCUCAGUUUCCCAUUGGUUGUAUUUUGAAAGAGCUACAGCAGAGUGUUAAGGAGUUUUACAGGCCAUUAACCAGCACAGACAGCCCUCACCCACCAACUACCCAUCUCUUUCAAUGCUGUGGUUAAAAAAAGCAGCAUAAAUUCAGCUAAAAAGUAUCUUGAACGUUAAAAAAAACUGUUCCCCCCAUUCACGUUUAAGUUUGGGUGGAGCUUCCUCUUUUCUAAAAUUAGUUUUCUUAUGAAUCCAAACGAACACAUACGAAGUUGCCAAAUCUUAAAAUAGUCCUGUUUUCUCAUCUCUAUGUAAUUUGAGAUGGAAAACUUUAGUUGGAGUCUUUUGGUGGAUGCUUGGUGGGUUAGUUUGGUGAUGAUGGGAAACAGACAGAGCAUUCAGUCCGAUCAGCUGCUCAGAUGAACUUACAACCUAGAGUCCUAAUGAAAACCACAUGCCGACAGGGAAACUGAUGGAGGUUUUUCCCAUCCACUAUUCAUUGCAGUUGCUCUUCCAUUUGCUAUUGCAGAUGACUGUGGUUUUCAUGGGUUCGAUUGGGUGUUACUGGCAGAACUCGGUGUUCUUGUCUUGUCUGCUGUAGCAUCGGCCUGAACUCGUUCGCCAUUCAGAACACGCUAGCCUCAGCAGAUCAGCUGCUUGAUUUUAGCUCUGUGUGUGCGAACGUUCACGUCUUAGCAGUCUUGAUGUUGCCAGCUUUCUGUGGAAAGUUUUUGGUUAGUGUGUUCUAUAGCAUAGAUCCAGCUUUAUGAUGUAUUUUGUUCUAUCCUCCAAAUGUUUUUUUUCUCUCUCUCUAAGUUUGAAGCUGGGCCCCUAAGGGGCCCGCUGUCUAUUACUUGAACUCUUGCAUCACUCACCAUUGAAUGUCUUUAAUAAUACAUAGAUACAUUUAUUAAAACACAGGAAAUCCCUUUUAUGGCAUGAUUGAGUAUAAACGUGUCUGAACAUGUUUACUCUUAAGACUGGAACUCGUGUGUUUUGUUGAAAGUUAAAGGGGCUUAUUUAUGUUCACAGAGCUCGAGAAUCUCCGAUUAUUAUAGUCCAGUAUAGCACACGACAUAUUUGAGGAGUUUUAUAGUUACUGGUCGCAAAGUUAUUUUAUGUUAAACGAUUCACAAAAAUGUUCUAAUCACUUUGUUUGCUAUGAUUAUUAGCGUUUUCCCAGGCAUCGAGACCAAAGAUUUAAGUUGGGUUCGAUUUUUGGGGUUUUUUUCGUUUUAGUUAUGAAGAGACGCGUAAUUGUUUUCCCUUGUAUUGCCUUGCUUCCAUGCAGACUUAAUUUUGUGUCUUAGUUUUUGGGUUGCUAUCACUAGCCCCUCAGUGGUCUGGCAAAAUUUAUACUUGUCCGUAUAUCGAAGGGUUCACUGUGGAUUGGCUGGGGGUUCAUUUUUUUGCCAUUUGAAAAAUCGAAUGACAGUUUGUUUACCGAAAUGAAAUGUAGUUUUGUUAAGCCUCAAAGUGAACAGUUUGACCUAAAGCUGAUCGUUCAUUUUUGCACUCACUUAUUUGUAAAAGAUGAAUGCUUUUUUUUGUGUGCGUGUGCGUGCCAUCAGUUACUCUUGUUAUUAAUUUGUCCGUUAGGUCACUAAACCACCUCUAAAGUUACCAAAAUCAAGUGUUUCUAUGCCUCUUUUCUUUACGGAAUAGUUUUGGGUUCACAGACUUGUCUUUUUUGUUUUGUAAAAUUCAUUAAGAAAACAGACAACCCCUAAACCACACAGAAAUGUAUGGUUAUGUUUAGGAAAAACAAGAAAAAUGGUGAUUGUCAUUCUCUGCAGGGCAGAAAGCAGUGGGGUUUGUUGGUUUUCUUUGUUCCUAUACUCAAGAAGGCAUGAAAUGUUCUGUUUCUUUUUUUCUUCCGAAAGUUUUCAGGGACAUGAAAAGCAUUGCGUUGGGAAUUCGUAUGAGAGACAUUUACUAGAGUGCUUUUUUUUGUAUUGAAGUGGGAAUGGGGGAAGCUUACACAUUAUAACAAGCCGACAGAAUCAACAGUGCAUCGCUUGAAAAGCUCAGAGGGUUUGGGCAUGUACCAAAACAACCUUUCUUGACUCGUAACCGCUUGAGUUUUCAGUUAGACUCUGUACAAAGCAGGUGUUGUGACUAGAAGACCUGGCUAAGGUUAUUUCCGGACUGUUAACUAGCACUGGCUUUUGCCCUCUUGUGCAGUUCUGCAAAGUUUUAUUUGCAGUCAGGUUUGAAUAUAUUGUGAUUCUCAUUGGGAGUCUUUUUGUGUUCUUACCACAGCUGUCCCACCAUGAUAUCCAGCACAUUUCUUAUAUAAAUAUAUAUAUAUAUAUAUAUAUAUAUAUAUAUAUAUAUAAAUAUAUAAAAAUAACAGGUUUUCAAAAAAAGAAAAAGAAAAAAAAACAACUAUCACUCUCCUUCCCACUUUGACAUACGUAAAACCCAGCAUGCUUCUUUGGUACUCUUGACUGUUGUUUUGUGUAAAAAAAAAAAAUCAAACAAAAAAAAAAGUAAAACUAAAAAAAGAUGUGGAACAAAAACUGUUAAUUGUCUGUUUAUGGUGUAGUCGAAUAUAAAUUUUAAUAUAGCUUAUGAAAAACGUCUGCUUUUUCAGCUGAAAUAAGUUGGAGCCCUUUUUUUUCCAGUGACUAAAAGCAAAAUGACGUUCACAAAAACUGAGACAGAGGAGCUGAAGCAAUAGACAACAGCGUGUUCAGUACCGUUUGCACAACAUAAAUACAUCUCAUCUGAGAUCUUUAUAAACUAUUGUGUGUUCAUCUUAUUGACUGAAUACUCACUUCUACAUAAAUCGAAAUAUUUCCUUAACACCAGCAGUGUUUUCAUCUCUGGAUUUUUAUAGACUCAGCUUGAGCAAUAAGCCACGGGCUCCCGAUCUCCAAAAAAACAUACUGCAAUGAAAAUAAAACAUGUUGCUCUGGCUCCGGUCCAUUUAUGCUUUUUUGUAAGUGUUUCAUGUCUUAUUAGAGAAGUUAUGGCACAAAAGGACAUGAGAUACUUAGCUCUGCAUGUCAGAAAUCCUCUCUCUCAGUAUUUGAAUAUCAUUGUUGCUUCAGACUUAUCGGUAUUCUUCAGUUACGAUUUCCACCACAAAACAUUUUCUUGUAUCUGUUACAAUAGUUUGUAUUGGUUGUAGACUCUCCGUUUGUUAUGAGGUGAACUCAUGUAUAUACUCAAUGGAACUCCACAAUAUUCAGUUCUCUUGCAGAAUAAAGAAAAUAUUUUGUUCAA